CCAUUUAUUUCAAAUAGAUUUGCAGCUCCCUCUAGCUCCAAGCUAGCGGGCAGAAAUGACCUGAACUCGACGCAGGCGGAUAUUGCGAACCCGAUAUGCGUUUGUUGCUCUCGCCCCCUUUCUCUUUUCUAGCUCUAGUAGGCUUUGUAAAGCUGGCGCCGGCGGAGCAAUGGAAGCGAGGGCGUUUCUGCGGGCAUCGGGUUUUUGCCGUCUGCAGUCAGCCGCGGUGAGAGGCACACCUACUACUAGCAGUCUCUGGUUCCGCCGCCGCUUCGCCCCUUCGGCGCCCGGGGCUGUGGGGUGUCGUCCCGCUACGGGGCCUGGAGCCCUCAGCCCUUUCGACCGGCAGAUGAAGAGGAAGCAAAAGAAUUGGGCAGCCGGGCAGCUUCACGCGGAGCGCUGCGAGUACCUACGGGAAGAGGUCGGUGGUAGGAUGGCCGAUCGUGUGUUUGACAUAGCCAAGUCAUUUCCCCUUGCUUUGGACCUUGGGUGUGGGCGAAGCUACAUUGCUCAGCAUUUAAACAAGGAUGUUGUUGGAAGGCUUUUUCAAUCAGAUGUGGCUGAAAUUGCUCUGAAAAACACACUAGAUUCAGAAAUACCAAGAGUCAAUAUCAUAGCGGAUGAAGAAUUUCUCCCUUUCAAAGAAAACACAUUUAAUCUUGUUGUCAGCAGUCUGAGUUUGCAUUGGGUCAAUGAUCUUCCCAAAGCAUUGCAUGAAGUGCACCGAGUCCUUAAACCUGAUGGAGUAUUUAUUGGUUCUAUGUUUGGGGGAGAUACACUCUUUGAACUUCGCUGCUCUUUGCAACUAGCAGAACUAGAAAGAGAAGGUGGAUUUUCUCCACAUGUGUCUCCUUUUACAGCAGUGAGUGACCUAGGACAUCUACUGGGAAGAGCUGGCUUCAACACACUGACAGUGGAUUCAGAUGAAAUCCAAGUUAACUACCCAGGAAUGUUUGAAAUUAUGGCUGAUCUACAAGGUAUGGGAGAAAGUAAUUGCUGUUGGAACAGGAAACCUAUGAUACACAGAGCAACUAUGUUGGCAGCUGCAGCAGUGUAUAAAGAAUUGUAUGGAAAUAAUGAUGGGACAAUACCAGCGACAUUUCAGAUUUAUUACAUGAUAGGAUGGAAAUUCCAUGAAUCACAGGCACAACCAGCCCAGAGAGGUUCUGCAACAGUGUCAUUUGGAGAUCUGAGAAAAAUAAAUGAACUUAUUUCAGGCAAAAAAAAACUUUGACAUGAAAUAUAGUAAUAUAAAUUGUACAUAGCUUGUUGGAAUAUUUAGCAGUUACCAUUUAACUUUGACAAACAAAUGACAUCAUUUUCCCCAAAACUACUUCGGUGCCUAGAAAAAAAAGGGGGACUAUCUAUAUUCCUGUUUACUAUGUCAGUGGCUGUAUUUUUAUAUGUAAAUUGUAAUAGUAAAAUUGCCAAUUUGAUCUGGGUACAUCCAGAGAAAUGAUAGUGUGUAUUUCUGUACACAUAUAUUACCUGCCUAUAUGAAAAUAUGAGAGAUCCAGCUAUUCAAUCAAAAAAUGAAUGCUAAAGAAGAAAUUUGGAUAGUUCCUAUGAUUCCUGGGUAGUACAUGGAAGGUCUAAUUCUGGCUGAUGCAAUUCUUGCACCUUCCCUGAAAUAAUGUGCCCUCUGUUAUCUAACAGGUUGUUUGAUGAAAGGAAAGCCAUGCAAUUCCACUAUGCCAGGCUACAAGCUUGUAGGACUUAGAUUCUUGGCCAGGAUCCCAAGGCCCACCAAUGAAGAGUUGAGAUGAAAUGUAGGGGUAUACAGUAUGCAUAUUCUAAGAAUAAAGAAAUAAUGGGCUUCUACUUGUAUGGUUAUCCCUUAGGUAACUAUUACAAGCCACAUUGACAUUAUGUGCAUCUCAUUAGAGAAAUGUAUCCAUUGCAUAAAAUUAUAUCUGUUAACUUGGGCCACUUGUGAAAUAACUAUAUGAUGCACACAUACGCAUUUACCCACUUUGUCUCCCUGGUAACAUUCAUAUGCCAGCCAAAAUAAUAAAGACCCAGAUGUUUUCUUGGUUAAACCCAUUUCUAUAUUUUCUUUCAAUUUUUUAUUCAAUUAUCUAGAAUAAUAAGAGUUUUUUUAUGCUGUAUUAGACAGUUAUGUCAGUUAUGCUGACUUGGAGCAAAAUUAUCCAAAGAUCUACUGCUAUCUCUUAUUCUAGCUUUUGCACUUGUUAAAACUGUGGGGAUUUUUUCCAGUAAAAAAAAUUGUAAACUACAAUAAUCUGUCUAUAAUACUAUGACUUCAAUGACUUUACAGAGCUGCUACAUUUAAUUCCUCCUAUAUAUGUGCAUGUGUGCCUGUUGUGUAUAAAAUAAAUGUGCUUGCAUAGUUAAUUGAA